UGCAACGACAGAAAAAGCUGCAGCUAAACUCUAAACUGAGCAAUUAAAGGCUUGUCAUUAAAAGGAGGGGCCAAAAUAAACAACAAAUCCAAGCGGAAGGAGAAAUCGGAGGAACUAAACUUUGCCUUGUCUCUUCUCUUUUAUAUCCGAGCUCUUGGGGAACGUGCCCUGCGUGCUCCCCAGGGCAGGCAGGCGGCCGGCGGCCGGCCGUGUGUUGGCCUGAAGGAAAGGGAAGGGGUGAGGGAACCGCAGGCUCGGCCUCAGGCCGAGGGGGAAGGGAGCGGGCUGCGGUGUUCACCUGCUUAGCGGGUUGGCUUCCGCCUCUUCCCCGCAGACGAACUUUCGCCCUGGGAUUUUCUCCCCUCCCGGUGGCCAGGCAGGCAGCCGCGGCAGCCGGAGCCAUGGACGGCCCCGCAGCUCCGCAGGGAGGCCUCUCGGUGUCCCAGCAGGUCCGCGCGUUGUUCUACGUCCUGCAGCCCAAUGAAAGCUCCUUCGCCAGCCUUGAGGAGGUGCCCGAUUAUGUGAAUAAGGCGACGCCGCUUUUCGUUGUCUUGAUGCUGUUGGAGUUUGUUGUCAGUUGGGUUUGGAGGCAUGAGGCACCAGGGCGGAUCAAUGAUAGCAUAACUUCUCUUUCUGCAGGAGUCCUGUCUCGACUUCCAGAUGUUGUGUCCAGAAGCCUGGAGUUGACUACCUACAUCUAUGUGUGGGAUAACUACAGACUCUUUGAACUGCCGUGGGACUCACCAUGGACAUGGUAUUUGACAUUCCUAGGAGUAGACUUUGGAUACUACUGGUUCCAUCGCAUGGCCCAUGAAAUUAUGUGUUUUGCAGAGGUUAAUAUAUUGUGGGCAGCACACCAAGUACAUCAUAGUUCUGAAGCUUAUAACUUAUCCACAGCACUGAGACAAUCUGUACUGCAGAGAUACACUUCUUGGGUUUUCUACUUGCCUAUGGCUCUCUUUAUUCCUCCAUCAGUAUAUGCUGUUCAUCUCCAGUUUAAUCUCCUUUACCAGUUUUGGAUACAUACAGAGGUAGUUAACACCCUUGGACCUCUGGAGCUGAUUCUUAAUACUCCCAGUCACCACAGAGUUCACCAUGGCAGAAAUCCUUACUGCAUUGACAAAAAUUAUGGUGGUACCCUCAUUAUUUGGGACAGAAUUUUUGGAACAUUUGUGGCAGAAAAUAAUAAAGUUAUAUAUGGCCUAACACACCCAAUAAAUACAUUUGAACCUGUCAAGGUCCAGUUAUGUCACUUGGCUUAUAUAUGGAGCACAUUUUGGGCCACACCUGGAUUCAGUAAUAAACUCUCUGUAAUAUUUAAAGGCCCAGGUUGGGGACCAGGAAAACCUAGACUCGGCCUUCCUGAGGAAAUCCCGGUGAUCACUGGAAAAGAGGUUCCAUUCAAUCCCAAAUUGCCAAUAUAUCUUUCUGUCUAUACAGUAGUACAUUUUGCCUUGAUGCUGGGCUUUUAUGUGGACCUGUUUGAGACCCAGGCUACAUUAUCACAGGUAACUCUUCUCCUGAGGAUUGGCUACAUUAUCCUGACAUUGACCUCCAUUGGAUUCCUUAUGGAGCAAAGGCCCAAAGCAACUAGUUUGGAAGCUGUCCGCUGCUCAGUCUUUCUUGCUCUACACAAACUUAGUUACCUGAAAAUAUACAUUGCUUCCUUGGCAUUUACUUAUGAGGUUUUAUUUUCACUCUGCAUUGCAUUCUGGGGAGUACAAAUUAUGAAGCCACUCAUCUCAAAUACAGCAAAAUAUCACUGAAUUAUGGAAAAAGCCGUUUGGAAUAUGCUUCGAAGUUUCUUGGAAUAAGUUGACGGUGCCUCUUUCUGAAAUGCAAGCAUUUCACAUAGGCUAAGUAGGAAUCAUGA